AAAAGGAGCUAAAAGACCUCAGAUUCAUCUCAAGUACAUUCAAUAACCAAAAAAGUAACUGACCAAGCAAAAGAAGAACAAAUGGCAUCCUUAACCAAAAAAUCAAUCUUCAACCUCUCCAAGGCCUUCCCACAUCGAGCCUCCUCUGUCUUUAUCGGUCGUCAAAUCUGGAAGGGAGGAUAUGUUGCAACAGAGGAGUCGUCGGAACCACAGCCACAGCCACAGCGGAGGCACGACAGGAACUACGGGAGCAGUGAAACGGGUGGUAAGGUAUCUGAAAUGGCUGAUAAGGCGAAAGAAAUGAAGGACAAAGCAAAGGAAACAGCUCAAGAUGCUUGGAAGGCAAUUGAGGAUAGUGCUGAAGAUAUGAAAGAGAAGGUGGUUGGAGAUGUAGAUCCAGAGAAUGUUCAAGAUGAAAUUAUGGUGGAAGAUGAGAAAGAACUAAGGAAGAAGUUGGCUAAAGAACCAGGAGGAAAGCCUGUAGAUGAAGAUAAAGGUGUCGAUGUGAAUUGGAGACCCAUUAUUGAGAAGAAACCACAAGCUUCUUGAAAACCAUCUUUUUUUUUUUUUUUUGCUGUCUUUUUUAAGAAUAAAAAUAAAGCACAGUAGGACUUGUUAGUGGCUUGAAGUUUCUAGUCCCACUAGUCUAGAUCAAUUAUAAAAAGAGACGACAUGAGUCUCUAUUUGGAAUAUUGCGCAAGAAAAUGUAAAUUUGAAUUUUUUUUUUUUCUUUGGGUGAGUUUUGAGUGUUCGAAUAUGUAUCUUUUCUUCUUUGCAUCAUCCAUAAGUCUAGAGAUGAAAUGAUGAUUGAGGAGGUAAUGUAAGUCUGGCUUCGUAAUGUUCUUAUGUA